AUGGCGCAAAACACACAACAGCCCUUGAUGGGUGUCAGGUCUGCACAAGAUCAGCUGUGCGCGCUAGCAUCACAGUUCACUAGUCUAGCUGGUCUGGGUGACCAUUCGGAUCCUGAACUCCAGAGAUAUUUGGCAAUCCGCAUCACUGAUGUUAUUAGACGGGAGCUGGUCCAACGUGGCGCCAUCCAGCCUGAUCAACAGCCUACAAUUUGGGAGGGAGGCCCCCGACUAGAUUUGCCGGAGCAGUCAGCCGUCAACACACUCAACCCGGCGACUUUUGAAGAUGAAGAAAUCGCCAUACGCACCGAGGCUAUGCCUGACCGUUCGGAGACUGAUGAAGAAGACAUUGACAUGUCUGAUGAUGCAGAUCGGAACUACGUGGUUGGAUUGUCUCAAGAGGGUUUUGCUGCCAAAUUACACAAAUGUAUCCUAGAUGCAUCCGACAACAACCUCAAGACAGUCGAGCCUCAGUUCACAGCUACCUUACCGAUGGUCGAAAGAUUAGGACCGCUGAUGGUUAAGGCACUGACCACAUACUGGGACAAAGAACUGCGCCAGGCCGAAGCAGCACUGGCUGCCACAGGUGAGCCCAGACAAGCACUUGAAACGCUAGGCCUCGCAGAAUACUGUCGUCAACCAGGAAUUCUGGCAGAGAGGGACAACGCUGGUGACUUCGAUGGUGCUGUAAUGAGCAUCAAAGACAUCGUUCAAGCACAAGAAGAUGUGACAUACACAAGACAAGGCAUGAAGUCUUGGGUCUGGCCGCUCCUGCAAAAAUACUGCAUGAAUACCGACCAAAGCAAGGAAGUCGAGAUUGGUAACGAAGAGCUCUUGUACAUGGCUUUGGGCGAAAAAUUUCCCAAAAGCUACGGAGAGUACAAGUUCUCACGACAGGACAUCGAGUCUCAUGGCUUGGUCUAUGAGCGCCCUGAAAAGGAGACUAAGGACAAAUAUGCCCCCAGCAAGUGGCGCGGCCGCCGUAGAAAUUACUACAGGUGUCUGUCUUGGUUAAGAACUGAAGGCCAUAGUUGGGUGUUCAUGGUCAACGUCAGAAACCUGGACUCACUCUUCGGACAAAUCAGCGAUCCGGAAGCAACCUUUGGACCUUGGAUUGAGUUUUUCGGCUCGUUUCCAGCCGAAUUGAGUCUUCGUGCAUUCAGCAGAGCUAAUGGAGACUACUCUGGGCGCCGUGAGAUGCGCUUGUUCAAGAAUGUCCCUCAGGCGGUACGUGACGAAUGGAAUGACAACCGCGUGGUUUGGAAACACUUUACCGAGCUAGUUGCAUUCCAGUCGAACACCGAAGUUAUGGCUGACAUGGAGAAACGAGCCUUCAUCGAUCUUCCCAGCAUGGAGGAAACACUGAAGUACGGCUACUGUGGAUUCCGUGACGACAAUUACUCCUGGUCAAUCACAAUCAGAGACGAUGAAAAAGGUGGUUUAGGUGCAUUCUCGACCGUACCAAUCAAGGCAGGCUCGUUCAUUGGUUUCCUGCCAGGCUACUGUCGUUUCAGUCCCGAAAAAGAAAACCGAAUGGAAGUGGAGGGCUUUAUUGAGUCUCAUUUGCUGGGACUCUUGUUCGAAGACCAGGGCUGCUGUGGACUCCUUUCCUACAUGAAGAGGACAAAUUUUGGCGCGGAGGGAAAUGUCAUCGGAGGAUGGGAGCAAUUCAACGAUGACAUGGGUCAGAACUCCAUACCUUGGUGCAUCGUGGUAUUCGCAUACCGCGACAUCCCUGCACUGACACCCCUAGUAUUCUGGGACCACAUGAGAUUUGACUGA